UACUGUGCUGCGCUGGAAGCUUGGACACUUGCUGUCUGAAUGCACUGUGAUGUAAAGAGACCAUGCGGCGCCAUGUUCCUUGGCUCUAUGUAGUAGAGAGCAUGAGGCGCCAUGUUCAUUGGCUCUAUGUAGUAGAGAGCAUGAGGCGCCAUGUUCAUUGGUUCUAUGUAGUGACAUAAACAACAAAUGUGUAAUGAAACCCCAGCCACAGCUCUGCAGAGCAUCUGCCCAGUACAUAUAUGAAGCCCUUGCCAGGACAGUAUGAGGGCAUAUUUUUUUGCGCUGUGAUAUGUAGUAUUAUCGGUACCAAUUUUUGCUGGAAGGCAGACCAGAGAAUAAGACCCCGGGAUGAAGGCCAGAGCAGAUGGACCAUAAGACCUCCGCUCUGGGCACCGCUCCGCCCGUCUCAUCCUGUCACCGGGGAUCAAGGAGUUAACGAGCCCCGGAGACGUCAUCCGGCCGGUGGCUUACGACGUUCCGGCUACAACAAUGGCCGCCUAGUGAGGAGAGCGGUGCGGCUGGACGGGGCUCAUCCCUGCUGGACGGGGAGAUCUGUGGAUAGCACGGGCCGAUCCUCCGGUUAUUCCUGCACACUGCUUACUACGGGGAGAUAAGAAGUUCCAGGCCCGGCUAUCAUGGCCCAUGCUGAGCACUGUAAACAACUUCUAGACAAGUUACAGACACAGCGAGAGGCCGGCUUCUUGUGUGACUGCACUAUUGUGAUCGGUGACGGCCACUACAGAGCUCAUAGGAAUGUAUUGGCCUCUUUCAGUGAAUAUUUCCGAGCCCUUUUUAAGGACACUUUGGACUGUACUAUACUUUUGGACCAGAAGCAGGUGACCCCUGCUGGAUUUCAGACAAUGUUGGAUUUUAUUUAUAGUGGCGACUUACAUCUUGACAGAUGUCCUUUAGAAGAAAUCCUUAAUGCGGCUGAAUACUUGAGGCUUGAAGAAGUAGUUUUGACAUGCAGAACUAAACUGAACUGUGUUAUGAUGGAGGAAGCCUGCAGUACAGAGCUUCCUUCUGCAGAGGAUUGUCCUGACACAGAUAGACAACCAGAGCAUACAGCAGCAGGGGACAAAAGAAAAGAUCUACGACCGCCUAAAAAGAUCACAAACAGAAAAACAGCUAGGAGCAAAAAGUGGAAAAGGAAAAUAACCUCUACCCAAAAAAUGCCAAAAAAGGUGGCAGGCCAGCAGAAUGGUACAUCAGACGCCUGCCUGCCUGUAAAUAGACUGCAAGAAGCUUUAGUGGAGCAAACCACUACGGAUCACUGCUUACCACCAGGCACUAUGACACUGAGCUGUGAAAGCUUUUUACCAGAAGCGAAUGUUACUCAGCUUUCAUCAGUGAGGCAAAAACAAGUCAGGUCACCCCAAAACGGCGCUCUGAAGGAACACUGUAUGGCUAAUAUUACAAGUGCAUCUAACAUGUGCAGGAUGGAGGACUUGGUAAAAGACGCGGAUGAGAAAUACUAUAAGAAUAAACCUACCUGCAAUACUUGUGGGAAAGUUUUCUCAGAAGCUAGCAGCCUUCGGCGCCACAUGCGGAUCCACAAGGGCGUUAAACCUUAUGUAUGUCAUUUGUGUGGAAAAGCUUUCACUCAGUGCAACCAGCUAAAAACACAUGUAAGGACUCAUACAGGAGAAAAGCCAUAUCAGUGUAAGCUCUGUGACAAAGGUUUUGCCCAGAAAUGCCAGUUGGUCUUUCAUAGCCGAAUGCAUCAUGGAGAAGAGAAACCGUAUAAAUGUGACGUGUGCAAUCUACAGUUUGCUACUUCCAGCAAUUUAAAGAUUCAUGUCAGAAAACACAGUGGAGAAAAGCCAUAUGUCUGUGAUAGGUGCGGUCAGCGAUUUGCACAGGCUAGCACCCUGACCUACCAUGUCCGGCGACACACAGGAGAGAAACCGUAUGUUUGUGAUACCUGUGGAAAAGCGUUUGCGGUCUCCAGUUCUCUAAUCACUCAUGCAAGAAAGCAUACAGGGGAGAAACCUUACAUUUGUGGAGUUUGUGGAAAAAGUUUUAUUUCUUCUGGAGAACUUAACAAACACUUUCGUUCUCAUACAGGAGAAAGGCCCUUUGUCUGUGAAGUAUGUGGAAACUCAUAUACUGAUGUGAAAAACUUGAAGAAACACAACCUGAAAAUGCACAGUGGAAAUGAAGAGACAGAGGAAGCAGAACCUUCUGGUGGAAGCCUCAAUGAGGAAGACACUGCAAAGACUAGUUCAGCUCCCGACUGCUUGGAUCUGAAGCCAUCCGAGUUGUUCUUGCCUCUUACUCUCCACAUUGGCCCGGAGGACCACCAGAUGUUGCUUCCUGUAACAGAUAACCAGUGUCUCUCUUCUGAUGCUUUGCUGAGGACAUCGGUCAGCAGCUAUUCAGAGCCACAGUUUAUAUUUUUACAACAAAUGUACUGACAGAACUGUCUACAAUCACACAAAAUACAGUCAAGCAGCGCCGUAAAGAAUUACUGUAGGGUAAGCCUGAGCUGGGGUUUUAGAGAUGCACUUUUUUUGCUUUUAGAGGAACAAUUUAUUUGAUGCGCUGUAGAGGAAAAAUAAAUUCACCCCUUAUACAUUUUACCUGCAUAGUUUUUUUUAUUUAUUUAUUUUUUUACUAGGACAUUGCUUUCAAGUCUUAUUUCUUGCUCACAGAGUACAUGCUGUGAGGUUGUAGAAUAUUUAGCAAAUCUAUUAAACUCAUAUUAAAGGGGUACUCUGCCCCUAGACAUCUUAUACCCUCUCCAAAGGAUAGGUAAUAAGAUGUCUGAUCACGAGGGGUCCCACCACUGGGGACCCCCACGAUCUCCCUGCUGAACCCAGCAUUCAUUUAGAGCGUGGGGUGCAGCGCCGGAGGCUCG